AUGGCAUCCUUUCUAACUGGCGGUGCAACUCUUCGUGUGGGCAUCACUGGAGAGUUGAAGAGCGCAAUGCGUCUCUCACAUCAUACAUCUGCCGCAACUAAAUUACUUAUUAGUGACACUACGGCUUCUGUAUGGAAUGCGCGUAGAUCUUUUAUCGAACAUAGUUCAGAUCCAAAGAAGUGGCGGAGUUUAGAGAAGGCGGAAAUUAAACGGCGUCAUCCAGGUGUGAAGCUUGGCUCCGAAUUUGCACGUAUAAAGGAGUUGGGUGAAAUUGAGCAGAAACUAGUUGAAGCUGACAAAUUUACAGAUUGGGAUAUGAUGUGGCGAUUUAUUAUUGGGAUUUUAUUGUUUCUUGUGUUUCUUCAUGUACUACUGGAAACAGUAGAGCCCAAUCCACCACCUGAGUAUACGCCAUACAUUCCUUCAAGUAUACCUACAACUUCAACUGUCCAAAAAUAA